UGACGUUGGUACAAUUCAAAAGAUAUCUGAACGUCGUAUCUGACACCAUGACGUUGAGUCUGCGGACAUUGUUUCAUAUUGUCGGUUUUCUGGCUAUUGUUCACCAGAUUCGAGCACCUGCUGUUGUUUCGUGUACUACUGAUGAGGAAUGUGGGGCUAAUUCGUAUUGUAAUCAAGAGUGUCUAUGUGAGGAAGGGUUUUAUCCCUUUGGAAAUGAAUUCUGUCCAUCUGGUGUAGGAUGUUUUGCGACAUGCGAUAUCGCUGGCGAUGAUUCAGAAUGUAACAAUGGAAGAUGUCAAGUGAAGUUUUAUUUCCCGGAAUGUGUCUGUGAGGAGGGGUUUGAAGGCCCACGAUGUGACGAAAGAAUCAGUACUACCAGACUGACCACUACUACGUCGUCCACCACUACGCGAAGACGAGGCGGUGCACUUCCGGUUUUAGCCGCGGCAGUAGGUAUCCCCGUGUUUGUUUUGGUAGCCACUGGGAUACUCGGCGCUGCCUUUGCUGGAUGAAGACUGUGUCCUAUAUCAUCAUUUGAUUAAAAUGUUCAUGAAUAUGCUGCACAAUGAUUAAAGAACCCCAGAAUGAAAAUUAAGAAAAUGCAUUUUAUCCCACCUCUAAUGGUUUUGGAGGUCCGUGUUUGCUCUGCUCCCGAUUUGUACUGUUUUAAUGGACU